UGAUAUUCUCAACUCUCAUCCAAGGUUCGCUCUCCACCGGCGCCUUACAUUUGCAGACGCGGCGCCGCACUAAUCCGUACCAUUUUCCUUUCGCUGACAUCGGUGCUACGAACUACGACGCAAUCAAAAACAGACAGCCAUGGACCUCCUCUCGACCGUCCGCAAAACGGGUUCGCGCGGCGGCGUCAACUUCAGCUGGGACGAUGUCGCCACCUCGCAGUACCGCGAGAACUACUUAGGCCACAGUCUCAAGGCGCCUGUCGGGCGAUGGGCCAAAGGGCGCGACCUAAACUGGUAUGCAAAAGCCGACCCGACGGCCGCCGAUUCGGGGGAGACGGCGGAGGAGAAGGCUGCGCGAGAGCGCCGCGAGGAGAUCCGCAAGAUCAAGGAGGCCGAAGAAGAAGCGAUAUCCCGGGCGCUCGGCUUGCCCAUCAAACCGCGCAGCGCAACAGGAGCCAAUGCUGUGGAGGUGGACAGCUCGAAAGUGCCAACCCGCAACACCGAAGACGAAGAUUCGAAGAAUGUGGCACCAGCGACGGAAUCACGCAGCAGGCACAGGGACUCGAACCGACCCAGAGACUCAGACCGGCACAGGAGGAGGCACAGGAGCAGGGAUCGCGACCGGGACAGAUAUCGGGAUCGUAGCCGGAGCCGGCAAAGGAGGCGGGAGAGCUUAGAUGACAGAGAGAAAGAGUACCGUCAGCGGAGGAGGAGCCUUAGCCCAGAUUACGACCGCCGUCGACAGGAAAGACGGCGAGACGAGCGACGCAGCCGGAGUCGCAGUCGGAGUCGCAGCCGUGAACGAAGUCACUGGAGGGACGACCGACGGCGGAGUAGGAGCAGGAGCGUGGACAGAGCUGGUAGCAUGAGGGCCGAUGGCAGACGGCGGAGCAGGAGCAGGAGUAGGACGAGGCGCCAUGACCGGGACUACAGGAGAUAGCCCCACACCAGAGCAUAUCUUCUGCCGGUUAACUACUUCGAAUCGAGUUCGCCAGUUCUUGUUUGGUCAUACAAGGUUCCGGGGUUUGAAUUGUUAUUUUUCGUGACUGACCAGGGUCCUGGACGCAGCUAAGGAGCCACUUACGUAAGUCUCUCCCAACAAGUCACUUUUCUCGCAGUU